AUGACCAAAGUCGAUCUCUUUAACAGAGCUGCUCAAAUUAGGAAAAACAAGAAGGAUAAAAUGAUUGCUGAGAGAAGAGGAAUUAAGAAGAUCUCUUUAGAAGACUUAGCCAUUGAAGAAGACACUAAAGAAGCCAUUAAGCCUUAUACAUCCAACAUUGCACCAAAGUUAGUUGCCAUCAUUCCUCUUAAUGACCAUUGAAACCCAGAAGAGCUUAAGAACCACCUUGCUAGAGAGCUUUCAGGAGAAGACCAGGAGGAAAUGAAAAUAGAUGGGACAACUGAGCAGUUAAAAGCAUACUUAGUAGAAAGUGGGGGUAACCUGGGAGUCAAAAAGCAAAGACUAAUGUUCCAUGUAUGUAAACGAGACAUAUACUCUGUCCUUGAUAUUACCAAAAUUGCAGACAUUUGUCUCUUUGCUUUCUCUUGUAAAGAAGCUCAAGCUGAUAAGGUUAGAGACAACCCAGAUGAAUUUGCUAAUGCAAUCGAUGAAGUCGGAUAUCAAAUCCUCAAUGUACUGAGAGUGCAAGGAAUUCCUCCUUCAAUCGGUAUUUUGCAGCACAUUGAGCAAAUCCACCAGAAGAAAAGAAACCAGAUCAAAAAGUUAUUCCAUAGAUACUUUGUCUCUGAAUUCAGUGAUGAAUACAAAUUUCAUGUAAUUGACGGAUCAACUAAAGGUCUCCUGGACAGUAGCUAUAAAAACUUAAUUAGAAUGCUCACAGGAACAUUUGCUAGAAGUAAACUAUUUUGGAAAGAGAACAGAUCUUACAUGAUUGCCUCAGAAUACAACGAAAGCAAUGGUGCUCUCCAAGUAGAAGGCUACAUUAGGGAUAACUACUUGUCCUGUAACAGGUUAGCACAUAUCACAGGAUAUGGAGACUUUAAAAUAUCUCAAAUUAUUGCCACUACUGAUCCAUACCCUACUAAAAUGCAUAAAGAAAAGAAAAAGAAGGCUGACUCUGAAAUGAAUACUGAUGAAGAAGUUAAAGAGGUCAUCCUCCAGCAAUAUAAUCAAGAGAAGGCGGAUGCUGAUAAUGUUGAAAAUGAGAUCGACCCAUUCGGUGCUGAACAAACUUGGCCAACUAACGAAGAGCUUAGUAAGAAAAAUAAUCUCCUCCAUGAAGAAUACAAGGAUAUUGAUAUGAAUGAAGAGCCUGGAGAAAUGCCUACUAAUCUUGAUGCAAACUUCAAAAAGCCAGAAGUUGCUGACGAUAUCGAAAAAUUAGCUGACCAAUUCAAAAAGAUGGAAAUCCAAGUCGUGGACGGUGAGAACAGGUCUCAACCAGACUUUGAUGAAGAAGAUGAUGAUGAUCUUAGCUUCGAAGACUAUGAAACACAGAUCAACAAAACCUCUCUGAAGCAUGAGAAAUUCACCAACUUAGAGAAAAGGGAGAAAGAUGAAAUGGACUUCCCAGAUGAAGUUGACACUCCUCUAGAUCAACCAGCAAGAGAGAGAUUUGAAAAAUACAGAAGUGUCAACAACAUUAGGACUUGUAACUGGGACCCAUUUGAGACUCUUCCUCCAGAGUAUGCUAAAAUCUGGAGAUUUGAAAACUUUGCUCAAGUAAAGAAACUAGCAAUUGAACAGACUGAGAAAGAAGGACUCCCAAUCGAUGGAACAUAUGUGAAAUUAAUCCUUGAACCAUGUGAUCAAAAAUCAAAAAGUUCAGUUGAAUUACUCAAAGAUGUUAGAGAGAAACAGAAUCUCAUCAUCUCAACAAUGAUGCCUCAUGAGAGGAAAAUCAUUGUUUCUCAUUUCAAAAUCAAGCGUAAUGAAGAAGAUAAGAAUGUGAUCCCUUCUAAAUCGGUCUUGGAGUUCCAUGUUGGGUUCAGAAGAUUCAUCACUCGUCCAAUCUUCAGUGAUGAUUAUCUCCAUACAAACAAGGCUAAAUUCUACAGAUAUCUACCUCACGAUACUCAAGUGAUGGCUAGUGCUUUCAUGCCUGUCUGAUUCCCAAAUUCUCAAGUAAUUGUUUUCAGAAAGGGUGAAGGUAGAAGCCAAGAAAUAGAGAUGGAUUAUGACUCACAUGACCCUGUCUUAGUAGCUAAUGGAACUGUUAUCGACCCAGAUCCUCUCAAGAUUAUCCUGAAAAGAAUUGUCUUAACAGGAUACCCUAUCAAAUGUAAGAGGAAGAGAGCCAUCAUUAGGUAUAUGUUCUUUAACAAGUACGAUAUCCAAUACUUCAUGCCGGUAGAGCUGUACACUAAGUUCGGACUGAGGGGUAAGAUCAAGAACAGUCUUGGAACCCAUGGGCUCAUGAAAUGAUACUUCACAGAUGGAAUUAACCCAGGAGAUACGGUAUGCAUGCCCCUUUUCAAGAGAAUAUACCCGCCAUAUUUUCCAGAGACUUGGACUGUAAAUGCAUAA